GUUAUGAUCUUGUCAGCCGGCAAUAAAAACAAGGGGCAUCACUCUCACCAAAAGAUUUUCCGAAUUUGACAACAGUAAAAGCAUGGCUACUAACGAGGAAAAGUUUACGUUUGCUGUUCAGAGAGUAGAGAAGGCGGAAAAGGAGAUAGACAGACUGCAGUCAGAACUUUCGGCUGCCUCUGAUCCACAAGCCUUGUUGAAAGAGGGAUAUGCGUCUCCUGACCUUGAGAAACUAAGAGUUGAGAACCAGAAGCUGAAAUACCAGUUGAAUCAUCUGAAAAAUUAUUUAGCGGAGGAAGAGAAGACUGUCCGUGAGUAUGCUUUAGAUAUCCGUGGCAUAGUCCAGGAUGUCUUCACCAGUGCCAUCUAUGCCGCAUUCCCAGAGUUGCCAGAUCCGACCAUCCUGGUGGUGCCGAGCAGCAAGUUUGACGACUACCAGUGUAACAGUGCCAUGGCGAUAGCUCAGCAACUGAGUUCUUUGACUGGCAAAAAGAGCAACCCAAGAGAGGUAGCACAAGCUAUUGUGGCCAAACUCCCUGCGACCAAGUUCUUUGAAAAGGUUGAAAUAGCUGGACCUGGGUUUAUCAAUGUUGCUUUAAAAAAGGAGUUUGUUACUAAUCAGCUGACCUUUCUCUUGACCCAUGGAGUCAAGCCACCCAAGGUUGAACGCAAGCGAGUCGUUGUGGAUUACUCAUCCCCUAACAUUGCUAAAGAAAUGCAUGUUGGGCACUUAAGGUCUACAGUGAUUGGAGACAGUCUGAGUAAACUACUGGAAUGGGUAGGUCAUGAUGUCCUGAGGUUGAACCAUUUAGGAGAUUGGGGAACACAGUUUGGUAUGCUGAUUGCCCACCUCGUGGAAGAAUACCCAAACCUGUUGAAUGAACGGCCAGCCAUCGAAGAUUUACAGGCCUUCUAUCAGGAGUCCAAGAAAAGGUUUGACAGUGAUGAAGAGUUCAAGCGCCGAGCCUAUGACUAUGUGGUGAAACUCCAGUCCAAAGAUCCAUUUACUUACAAGGCUUGGAAGAUUAUUUAUGACAUAUCUAUGGAAGUGAACAAUGAGCUAUACAAGAGACUGGGAGUCUCUGAUAAACUUGUGGAAAGGGGCGAAUCUUUUUAUCAAGACUUGAUGGUCAAGCUAAUUAAAGAUUUAGAGAAUAAAGGUCUUAUUGAAGUGGACGAAAAUGGCCGUAAAGUCAUGUUUGUCCCUGGUUUUGAAGUCCCCCUGAUGUUGGUCAAGUCUGACGGAGGGUUCACCUAUGACACCUCCGACUUGGCUUGUAUUAAACAACGCCUGGAAGAGGAGAAGGGAGAUUGGAUUAUUUAUGUUGUGGACUCUGGACAGAGUACUCACCUGGAAUCUAUAUUUGCUGCUGCCAGAAAACUUGGCUGGGUAGAUCCCUCCAAACACAGAAUUGACCAUGUUGGUUUUGGAUUAGUUCUUGGGGAAGACAAGAAAAAAUUCAAAUCCAGAUCUGGCGAUACAGUUCGACUGAGAGAAUUACUGAAUGAAGGAUUGAAGAGAGUGGAGACAAGGCUUAAAGAGACUUCAAGAGACAAAGAACUAAGUCCAGAGGAACUAGAAGAGGUCAAGUCCUCUGUGGCCUACGGAUGCAUUAAGUAUGCAGAUUUGUCGCACAACAGAACCAAUGAUUACAUCUUCUCCUUUGACAAGAUGCUUGAUGACCGUGGGAACACUGCAGCCUACCUAUUGUAUGCUAACACCAGAAUCAGGUCUAUAGCUCGCAGUGCCAGUGUUACACCCGAGGCAUUGAGGGAGGCGGCCAAGACGACUGUGGUACAAUUGGAUCACCCUGCGGAGUGGAAGUUGGCCAAGUGCAUCCUGCGAUUCCCAGAAGUGAUCACCAAGGUGUUGGAUGACCUGCUGCUCCAUACACUGUGUGAAUACCUGUAUGAACUGACCACUACCUUCACAGAGUUCUAUGACAAGUGUUACUGCAUUGAGAAGGAUAAGACUACAGGUGCUAUUGUGAAGAUCAACAUGAGCCGGUUGUUACUGUGUGAGGCCACAGCUCAAGUGAUUGCUUCCACUUUCUUCAUUCUGGGAAUCAAACCUUUAGACAAAAUGUAAUGACUGCUCAGUAAUACCCACAACAGAAACUUGUGUUGACAUGAGUGAGAGGGGGAAAGUAGACUGAAUCCAGUGCAAACAUUUUAGCCAAGAUAUAAAAAUGUAGCUUUUAAAUCUUUAGCUUCUAUAAGAAAUCAAACUAUGUUAUUUAAUGUCAACUCUGGCAUACUCAUAUUUAUUGAAUUCUCUCCAAAUGUUAAGUUAUGUAACCCAUGUUCAUUGUAUGCUUAAAGAGAGGCAGGGAGUAAGGAAUAAAAGCAGGUACUAAGGAGGAGGAUGUUUAUGUUACCUAAGGAGGGGGAUGGUUAUGUCCAUAUGUUACCAAUGAUUCUGUUCAAUAUAGUUUGUGCUUGAUGUAACAAUUAAAGUUGUCUGAACUGAA